CCACCAAAUCCACGUCCUGUCCUUACAACCACCUGUCUAUAUUCCACUCCAAGAAACCAAAAAAGAAAGAAAAAACUCAGCUGGCCUAAUUAAUAACCAUCAGCUUCUUUGUUUCUACCCAUUGCCAAUCUCGUGCAUCCAUCGAUCUUUGCAAGAACUCAUUUCUUCAAAACCACCAGUCCCAAUUCCAAAGAGCCAAGACAUGGCUGCCUGCAAAAACCUCCACAACAUCCUGCCUGAAACUCCAACCCCUCUUGAGCCAACCACGGCAUCAUGGAGCCACACCCUUAAACCUUCUGAGCUAUUUGGUGAGCUCCAUUAUCUUCCAUAGAUUCAACCCAAAUGUCAACAAACAAAAACCCAAAACAUGAUUCUGGGUUUUCCUCGCUUAAGUCAGAAAGUUUGCAAUUUUGCACAGAGGGACUUGGGUCUGAGAGUUCUGAUGAUGUUGAGGACUUGCAGAGUGAUAUGAUCAAUGAAAACUGGCAAAUCAAAGAAGACAAAGUGGUGAGUACCUGUGUGAAGCAUCUUGCAUCUGGGGCUUCCAGUGGCGAGCUUAGGAGGCCACGGAUGAGCAGAGGAGCCUUCCCUCCACCGCUAUCUUUCAUAGGAAGGAGUGGAAAGGCAGGGGUUUGCUUCACAUCCUACAGGCAAAAUGGAAGGUUUGUGUUGACAGAAGUAAGAAUUCCCACUCAGGAAUUUCUACAAACACGUAGAGAGCAUGGACGUCUGAAACUGCAAUUUGUUCAACCCAAUCACUACGCCCACGAAGAAGAUGAGGAAGAGGAAGCUGAUGAAGAACAUGAUGCUGUUGAAGAUGAACAUGAUGUUAGCAAUGUUGGGGACAAUGAUCAAUCUUGAAAAGAUAACAAAAUCAAGAUUUUUGAGCGUUAGCUUUACUUGUUCUAAAUCAGUGAAAAUUUCAAAUUGAAUUUAAAAGAAAGCAAUGUUAUAAGCUAAAAGCGAGUAUGUA